UUCUUAUGCUUUGUAAAAAAAACAACAGUCAUAUUUAGGCUUGGACAAAGAUCCAAGAACAUUGCAAAACCUUUAUAAGUUAUAGCCAGUUGCAUCUAAAUUAAACAGUUAUAUAUAGUAGACACACCCCAAGAACAUUGAAAACUUUUAAAAUGUCAAGUGUGCUCAAGGCCACCAUGUAUUCUUGUAUACUUUGUUAACGUCUGAGUCCACUUCAAAAGAUGCUAAAGAAUAACAAAAGAAAUUGAAGUAAAAAGUUAUUUAAGAUUGGAACUCCGUGCCCAGCCUAUAUUAACAACCUUACCAUUAAGGGUCCCAAGAAAACUCAAAGUCAACGCUAAGCAAAAAGUUUUGUUCUUAAGAGCUCUCAUGGAAAGAUCUCAAGAACUCAAUGUCAACGAUGACCAGAACUUAGAAGCAAACCUAAUAGACCAUGAGGUAAAUGACUCAUCCUCGGUACCUCAAACCAAGAACUACAAGAAGUGGCUCAGAAUCUCCAUUUAUGUAUUCCUUGUCCUCACCUGCCAAGCACUUUCUACAAUACUGGGCAGAUUGUAUUAUGAAAACGGUGGAAAGAGCACAUGGAUGGUAACAGUUCUCCAACGCAUAGGCUUCCCUCUUUUGUUUCUAUACAAAUUCUUUUCACUAAACAAACAACAGGAGAAAACAGAUCCAAGUUUCAUAAACACCACUCUUGGAUUAGCUUACAUAUGUCUUGGCCUCUUAGCAUCUGCCAUCAGUUACAUGUCUUCAGUGGGGUUGCUCUACUUACCAGUUUCUACUUUCUCCCUCAUCUUCGCCUCGCAGUUAGCCUUCACAGCCUUAUUCUCCUACGUCCUCAACUCUCAAAAGUUCACUCCUUACAUUGUCAACUCUCUCUUUCUCCUUACUGUUUCCUCUGCACUCCUUGUGUUCAACAACGAGUCUCAAAACAUAAGAAAUGUCUCAAGAGUAGAGUAUGCCUUAGGUUUCAUAUGCACCAUCAGUGCCUCUGCUGGGAUCGGACUGAUUUUAUCGCUGGUACAACUAAUCAUCACAAAAGUUUUGAAGAAACCUUCGUUCUCAGCAGUCAUGGACAUGGCUAUCUACCAGACACUAGUCUCAUGCUGUGUGGUUCUGAUAGGGCUUUUCGCUAGUGGGGAGUGGAAACUUAUAGCAAGCGAGAUGCGAAACUACAGGCUCGGUAAGGUGUCAUACGUUAGGACUUUGUCCUCAGCUGCUGUUUCCUCGCAAGUCUACACUAUUGGUGCUGUGGGAUUGAUCUUUGAGUCAUCUUCUGUGUUCUCCAAUACGGUAACUGCUGUGGGGUUGCCUAUAGUUCCAGUUGUAGCAGUGAUAGUUUUCCAUGAUAAGAUGGAUGCAUUCAAGAUCUUCUCCAUUACUUUAGCUAUAUGGGGCUUCCUUUCAUUUGUCUAUCAGCAUUACCUCGACGAAAAGAAGUUGAAGACUUUCCACCAUGUUGAGGAAGAUACACAAGUCUGAAUGUGAAAAGUAUGUGUUCCUAAAACCACAUGUCUCAUCAUAAGAGAAAGAUAGUCACACGGAACAAGCA